CACGGGUCUGGGACAGCAGGUAGCGGAGCGGCGGGCAGCUGUCGCCGCUGCUCAGACCGCCGGCGGCCGCGGCAGGUGCAAGCUCCGAGUCUCUGCGCACAAAGGCGCCGGGCGGCCAGCAGCGCUGCCCUGGACGACACGAGGGCACACUCCCCGCCGAGUGAGCUGGAAGACCCGGGGGAAGGCCGCGGCUCCGGCGCCCACAUGCUCAGCGCCGCCAGGGUUCCUGCGGAUCGGCCCGUGCGCAUCGCCUUCAGCCUCGGCCAAGCCUCAGAUGGCGCCCCUCCGGAGGACCCCACGCGGCUCUUCCCGGAACUAGACCAGCAGCUGCAGCCGCUGCCGCCCCGCCAUGACUCCCUGGAGUCCAUGCAGGUGUUCAAGCAGCACUGCCAGAUCGCCGAGGAGUACCACGAGGUCCGCAGGGAGAUCGCGCUGCUCGAGGAGAGGAAGAAGGAGCUCCUUGCGAAGCUGGCGCAGGCGGAGGAGGAGAAGGUGGAUGCUGCCCAGCUGGCCCGCGAGUUCGAGGCGCUGACGGAGGAGAACCGCACCUUGAAGCUGGCGCAGUCCCAGUGCGUGGAGCAGCUGGAGAAACUCCGCAUCCAGUACCAGAAGAGGCAGGGCUCGUCCUAGCUCGGUCGGCCCCUGGCCCCUGCGCGCCCCCCCCAACCCCCAUCACCCCUCCUGGCCACCCACAUGCUGCCGCCUCUCUGAGCUGGGCACGGCGGGGUCUGGCCGCCCGGAGGGAGAGCUCACGUUAAAGAAGACAACGAAAGCAAACCUACUGCCCCGAGUGUUUCACAAUUUGUCCCCAAAGUAUUUCUUCUCAUUUAGGAAGAUAGGACAGAAAUAGAAUAUUGACGGACGCCACUUACACAGGAUGAAGCCACGCGACAGGCCAGCCAGAUGCUCACUGCUGUUUGCCUGCACGUGUUUAAAUCCCGCGUCGUUAAUAUUCCCCCUGGCGCCAAGCAGAGGCCUCCCGGACGCGCUCAUGUUGUUAGAGUCAGCCCUCCCUCCGCGAGGAUUGUACCAGGAAUAAGAGGUCGCGUAGCAUCGGUGCUUCCUCGUGGAAAUGUUAGCAGCGGGUUUGCCCUCCUGCUGCUGGCCUAAGAGCAGAAAAAGGCGCGUUUCUUCACGCCGCACGGGCCCCGGGGAACGUGUCCCCCCCGAGGAGUCCGGGGGCCCCGGGAAACGGGAGGGGAUAGUGUAGACAUUAUUUUGGGGAGUCCUCGGGAAAACAUCAGUAAAAUGAUGACUAUUGCUCUGUUUUGGAUUUAACAAGGCGUUUGGGGUCGAUAAUAACAAAUGGAAAUAUAUGCGUAAAUUCAGGAUUAACACGAGUUUCCCGCGUUCUGCUUACCACCAUCUGUCCCCCAUCCAUCUCUUUGUUUUAUGUCCAUUUCUAUUCAUGUAACUUCUUUUUCAUUAAACACGAUCAAA